ACCGUCAUUUCUGCUUAGGCAUUUGUACGAACACCCAGGCGUGCGCGGGAUUCCCUCCUACCGCCAUUAGGGGUGUGUAAGCGCGUGUAUGAUUUGGGGAAGGUCUUCCCCAGGGCACCGACAAGGCGCUGGCGCUAUUCUAUGUGAGGGGGAGGUUUGAGCGUGGGUGCGAAGGACGGCGCGUUUCCAUAGUGAAUCAAUUAGAGGUGUAUUCAAGCCUGGGAGCUGUAACAGGCAAAUCGCUGUGGGCAUUUUCUUUGUAUUUCUCCCUUCUUUGCCACAUCUGGCUCAGCACUCGCUUCCACGAGCUCCCUGGUAGACAUUUGGCUCGUGUCAGAGACGAUGCGCGAUUGUCAAACCACAGCCUUCACCUUAGCAUCCAUUUGCUUUAAACUCUAACCGCGUCUGUUGUGCUGAAAAGGGAGGAGAUAGAUAGGGAGACAUCAGCAAACGGAGCUGUCCGUGCGUUGCAGCAUUGGAAGAUUAAAGUGAGUGAAUGAAGGGUGUGAGUGGAUCUGAGGGGACAGCUAAAUAUCACCGGUGUAUUUUCCCUUGAUGAUUUGUCAGUGUUAAUAACCGAAUCAUAAAGAAUCUGAGGCUGCCUGAAGAGGAUUGCUUUCUGCAAGAAUAUUCAUUUCCAGAGCUCCAGUCAAUACAUUACCACCCACAGAUAAGUGGAUCAUACAAUGAAAGACAACAUGUCUAACAACAGCACAACUAGUAUAUCACAAGCAAGAAAAGCAGUGGAGCAACUGAAAAUGGAAGCCUGCAUGGACAGGAUAAAGGUUUCCAAGGCUGCCGCAGAUUUGAUGGCCUAUUGUGAUGCACAUGUUAGAGAAGAUCCCCUUAUUCUUCCUGUGCCUGCCUCAGAAAAUCCAUUUAGGGAGAAGAAAUUCUUUUGUACAAUUCUUUGAGUUUAUAUUAAUCAAGUUUAAAUAGAUUAUGCAUGCCAAUAGCAUAACAGGAAUCUUACAGGGUUAUAACUUGAAACCAUAGCAGACAUGCCAACAUUUUCUGUAUGUUACUAGCCUUGAUGUUUGUUUUGAGACAUUGUGGAUCCCUCCAAUAUGUAACAGACACCACAAUCAUGUUGUUUCUCAUACACCUCUUGCCCCAUUGCAGGCAUCCCAUCUUUCUAGAACUCCCUUUUCUGAUAUUAUGGUCAGGUUAAGGUAUGGUUAUUAUGUUAAGGUAUUAAAGUAAUGUCUCAGGGAUGGGGUAUUUUAUUUUUUCUUUAUUAAGGGACCCUUGAUAGAUAGGAGGGAUGUUCCGUCCAAAUGGGUGUUAUGUAUAAAAAGUGAUUCUGGUACAAAGUUAUAUGUGCUUUUAUUACCAUAGCAAACAAUGAACUUCCAGAACCAUUUCAUUUGUGACCAUUGCCACUACUUAAUUAUGACCAACUUUCAAGCUUUGUACCAUAGUAGCUUUAUACAUAACCCCUGAUGAGCAUCAGGAGAUCAUGUUGGCAUGUGUUCUAUUGUAUCAAUAUUUUUAGAAGCACAAUGCAUUGUCUCACAAAUUAUUUGUAAGUGUUUUAUAUGUAGAUCAAGAUGGGUUUUAGAUGUCACUACCCUGACUAAUUUAUAUAAAACUAGAAUUAGGAAAAGCAUGUAAUUGUAUUACAAACAAGUAUUAAGCAAUAGGAGUUCAUGGAAGUCAUUUAUUCCUCUGGGUAAAAAAUAUUAUCUAAUCAUUUCAUUGUACUCUGCAUCUCAAGAGACUAGAGUCAAAAUCCUAAAGAGGUUUACUUAGACUUUUCUCCUAUGCCAAACUACAUCUACAGCUGUAAAUAGUAGUUAUGGGUACCGUUUUAUACGCUUUUAGCCAUUUUGUUAUCUUUGUAUUUGAGAAAUUAGAUUAGAUUGUUUUCUCAGUUUCUCCUAGUUCAAUUAAUGCAAUGUUCGACUAUGAAAUGUAUAACUGUGCUUAUAUACAUAUAUAUAGAUAUAUAUAUCUAUAUCUAUAUAUCUAUAUAUAUGUAUAUUAUGAUAAAAAAAAUACCAAGCUUGGAGUCUUUUAACCUACUAGGAUCUUAUUUGUUGUAUAGAAAUCAGAUUGAUGGUAUUAUUCUGACUUUAUUAUGCCAUUUGUAUAUAUUAUGGGCCAGCAAAUGGGUGCUCGAGAACAAAAGAACAGUGAAGUCCAGAUGGUUCUGUGCUUCUUGUUCUUUUUUAUUCAUGUCUGAACCAGGAAUAUUUUUAGUGAAGGCACCUACUGCAAUCUUCCAUAACAUAACUACAUUUCCAAUCUUUUUUUAUUUAUUUGCCAAAUAAAAAGUAAUAUCACUAAAGA